AUGGCCGUUCACGCGGCGGCCGUAGUUUCUGCGUUCACAAAAACGGCUUCCCCCAUUCUCUCGUAUUCCAUAGGCAUCUCUCACCAGCGGAGAAUUUUUGUUCCGAUUUCUUCUAUUCCUCCGCCUCCGUCCAGACACAGCACCACCGCAGCUCACGUCGGCAGGAAGAGGGAUAUUAGCGCAAGAGCCGCUAAAUCCGAACCGGGAGUUGACCCGAAGCUCGGCGUUGCGGUUUACAAGCCUAAAUCGUACGAAGUUCUCGUGUCCGACGCUGCCGUUUCCCUUUUCUUCGCCCUGCAAGACGGAAAAACCCGUCUCGAAAUUGAGUUCCCUCCAUUGCCCAGCAAUAUUUCUUCUUAUAAGGGUUCGUCUGAUGAAUUCAGUGAUGCCAACAUUCAACUUGCAUUGGCAGUUGUUAGAAAGCUGCAAGAGAAGCAAGAAACAAAAGCCUGCAUUGUGUUCCCUGAUAAGCCCGAAAAGCGUAGAGCGUCAGAUAUUUUCAAAGCAGCUUUUGACUCGAUUGAUGGUAUAACUGUUGGGUCCUUGGAUGAUGUACCUUGUGGAGCGGUCACAACAUUCUUCAAAUCCAUCAGAGACACUUUGGAUUUUGACUUUGUGGACGAAAAUGAAGGUCGUUGGCAAUCUGAUACACCACCAUCACUUUAUGUUUUCAUAAAUUGUAGCACAAGAGAUUUGUCUGUAAUAGAGAAGUAUGUGGAAAAAUUUGCUUCCUCCACCCCAACUGUUCUCUUUAACUUGGAACUUGACACAUUGCGUGCUGAUCUAGGCCUUUUAGGAUUUCCCAGCAAAGAUUUGCAUUAUCGGUUUCUUUCUCAGUUCGUUCCCGUUUUCUACAUUCGAACAAGAGAGUAUUCGAAGACAAUUGCUGUGGCACCUUAUGUGGUGAACUAUAAUGGAGCAUUAUUCCGCCAAUAUCCAGGGCCUUGGCAAGUGAUGCUGAAACAAGGGGACAAUUCUUAUGCUUGCGUGGCUGAGAGUGCAACUCGUUUCACUCUCGGUGAAACUAAGGAAGAGCUUUUGAGAGUCCUUGGACUAAAGGAGGAAGAAGGAAGCUCACUAGAAUUCCUCCGAAGAGGUUAUAAGAGUGCCACUUGGUGGGAAGAAGAUGUGGACUCGGAACUAUAUUCUGCAUGGCGCAGUUGA